AUGUCUUCAUCAAAUAGAAUUAAUUAUUUGACAUUCUUUGUGAAUGGUAAAAUGAUAAUCGAACAUGAUGCUCAGCCAGAAUGGACUUUAUUAUGGUAUUUAAGAACUAAAUGUCGACUAACUGGUUCAAAGUUGGGUUGUGGAGAAGGAGGUUGUGGCGCUUGUACAGUGCUGAUCUCUCAUUAUGAUCCUACAUCGCAAAAGAUUGUUCAUCGAGCUAUCAAUGGAUGUUUAGCUUCAAUUUGUUGCGUCGAUGGUUGUCAUAUAACAACUGUAGAAGGUAUCAAUGGUAUCCAAAGUGAUUCUUUGCAUCCCAUACAAGAACGUAUAGCUGAACUUUACGGGUCACAAUGCGGUUUUUGUACACCUGGUAUUGUUAUGUCACUCUAUGGUACAUUGAAUAAUAUUGAAAACCCAACCAUGCAAGAUAUUGAAGAUUCAUUUGAUGGCAAUCUAUGUCGUUGUACUGGUUAUCGACCAAUAUUAGACGCAGCGAAAACAUUUGCGUGCGAUAAAAAGCCAAAGGUGAAUCAACCAUCUGAUUGCAGCAAUAGUAGAGAUGAAAAUAUCAAUACUAUUAUAAGUACAACAGAGAACAAGUUAUUACAAUACGUUGAUAUAAAAUGUCCAGCAUUAGAAUUUCCACCAUCAUUACUACAUCACAAAACCCAAUCAAUACAUAUAAAAGGUAUUACAUUCUUUACAAUCAGAAAUGAGCAUUGCUUUGCAGACGAGAGUAAAUCUGUUGAAUGGUAUCGUCCAGUAACAUUGGUUGAGCUUGUCUCAUUGAAAAAUCAGUAUCCAACGGCAAAAAUAGUUUCAGGCAAUACAAUGGUACAAAUUGACAGAAAAUUUAAAAAUAAAAACUAUCCUAUUCUCAUUGGGGUUUCACACAUUCAAGAAUUAAAUACUAUGGAAAAAUUAGAGAAUGGUAUGAUCAUUGGUGCUGGCAUAACAAUAGCAAAAUUAAAAGAAUACUUAAAAUUAUGGUUAAAGACGUUAUCAACACAUCAAAUAAGUACAUGUCAUGCACUAUUGAAUCAAUUGAAUAGUUUUGGUUCGGAACAAAUUCGAAAUGUUGCCACUAUUGGUGGUAAUAUUAUUCAUGGAUCAUCGAUAUCCAGUUUAAAUCCAAUCUUACAAGCAUGUAAUGCUAAACUAAAAUUGAUAAAACACAGCACUAAUGAACAAUGUGAAAUAGCACUGCGAAACUUCUUCGUACGCAAUAACAACGUUGACAUGGAACGAGACGAAAUUCUACUGUCGGUUUACAUUCCAUUUACAGAAGAAUAUGAAUAUUUGCAAUCUUACAAGCAAUCGAAGAGACGUAAAUUUGAUACUCCUAUAGUUAGUUGUGGUUUCCAAGUUAAACUGGAGCAUCAAGCGGAUGGUUUUGUACCAGAAUUCAAAUGGAAAAUACAAUCAGCAUGUCUUUCGUUUGGUGGUAUAGCAUCGUCUAUAGUUAUGAUGAAAAAGACACAAGACUAUCUCAAAGAUAAACCAUGGUGUAAGCAAACAAUGAAGGAUGCUUUGAAAUGCUUACUGGAUGAAUUAACUUUGGAUGAAUCUACGUCAGGUGGACAAGCAGCAUAUCGUCGCACAUUAGUGACAUCGUUUUUCUUCAAAUUCUAUCUGUAUGUAAAAGAACAAUUACAAAAAACGUACCCUGAUACCGUAGCCGAUGAAAUAUCGUCCAAUGAAUUAUCAGCUAUAAAAACGUACGUUCGUGAUUUAUCACACGGAGAAGCAAAAUAUACUUGCGAUAUACCAACACCUUCAGAUGGACUUUAUUCAGCUCUUGUUUUAAGUACACGACCGUAUGCAAGAAUCGUGUCAAUUGAUAAAACAAAAGCUGAAGAAGUGCCUGGUUUUAAAGCAUUUAUUAGCCAUUUGGAUGUGCCUGGUUGUCGUAUGACUGGUGAUGUUGUUAAUGAUGAAGAAGUAUUUCCAUCGUCGAUUGUUUACUGUGUGGGUACAGUAAUUGGUUUGGUUGUUGCUGAUAAUGAAAUGGAUGCACAACAUGCGUCAAAAUUAAUUGAUAUAAAAUACGAAUGUUUAAAACCAUUAAUAGUCACCAUUGAUCAAGCGAUUGAACAACAAUCUUAUUUAGGACCAGAACUUUCUUUAAAAUUUGGUAAUUUAGAACAAGGUUUUCAAGAAUCUGAACACACAUUGACCGGUGAAUUUUAUAUUGGUGGUCAAGAACAUUUUUAUUUAGAAACAAAUUGUUGUUUGGCUAUACCACAUGAACGUGGUGAAUUAGAACUAUUCGUAUCAACACAAAAUGCAACUGGUGUACAAGAAAAAGUAGCUGCAGCGUUAGGUAUUCCAAGUAAUAAAAUCGUCGUUCAUGUAAAGCGUAUAGGCGGUGGAUUUGGUGGUAAAGAUUCAAUACGUCACAUAAGACUAUGUAUCGCUAUUUCAAUAGCUGCAAUGAAAUUAAAACGACCAGUUCGCUUGACUCUUGACAGAAAUGUCGACAUGUUAAUAAAUGGACAGAAUCAUCCAUUUAAAUCUUUAUAUAAAGUGGGUUUUACAUCUUCAGGUCUAUUAAAAGCAUUAGAUAUAGUAUUAUACAGUAAUGGUGGAUGGUCUCAAGAUUACUCUGUACCUAUAAUGGAACGUGCUUUACUACAUUGUGAUAAUGUUUAUAAUUUUAAAAAUCUUAAAUGUUAUGGACGUGUAUGUAAAACAAAUAUUCAAUCAAUGACAGCAUUUCGUGGUUUUGGAAUACCACAAGCUAAUUUAAUAUGUGAAAUAGUAGUAGAACAUGUUUCAUCAUAUUUAAAAGUAGAACCAGUAGAAUUGAGACAAAUAAAUUUAUAUCAAGAAAAUGAUUCUACACAUUUUCAUCAAAUAUUAAUAAAUUGGCAUGUUCCAAAAAUGUGGAAUGAAUUAAUUAAAUCGUCAGAAUAUUAUCAACGAUUGGGAGAAGUAAAACGAUUUAAUCGUGAAAAUCAUUAUCGAAAACGUGGUAUAGCAAUGAAUCCAACAAAACUUGGCCUUGGUUUUACACGUAAACAUAUGUAUCAAGCUGCAGCUUUAAUACAUAUUUAUCGAGACGGCACCGUAUUAUUGACACAUGGUGGAACAGAAAUGGGUCAAGGUCUUCAUGUGAAAACGAUUCAAGUAGCAUCUGAAAUAUUACAGAUUGAUAUUAAUCUAAUUCGUAUUAGUGAAACAGCAACGGAUAAAAUUCCAAAUGCAUCAUCGACAGCCGGUUCAGUGUCCUCAGAUUUAUACGGAAAUGCAACUAAACUUGCAUGCCAACAAAUAAAUGAACGAUUAAAAUCAUUAAGAGAAGAAUUUCCGGAAUAUAACUGGUUUGAAUUAAUUAGUAGAGCAUACUAUCGGCGAAUUAACUUGUCUGCAGAAGGUUUUUAUACUACACCCCACGUAGAAGAUGUUGAUUUUGCAAAUAAUUUUGCAUCAUAUCCAUAUUUUACAACUGGAUGUGCUUGUUCAGAGGUUGAAAUUGAUACAUUGACAGGCGAUUUUCAUAUUUUAAGAACAGAUAUUCUUAUGGAUUUUGGUUUAUCAAUGAAUCCGAAUAUUGAUGUCGGCCAAAUAGAAGGCGCAUUUAUGCAAGGAGUUGGCAUGGUUACAAUGGAAGAGAUAAUAUGGGGUGAUGAGCAACAUAAAUGGUUAGAGUCUGGUUCUUUAUUUACUCAAGGACCAGGAACUUAUAAAAUACCGUCAUUUAAUGAUGUACCAAUUAAUUUUCGUGUUAGUUUAUUUAAAAAUGCGCCGAAUCCAUUUGCUAUUUUCUCAUCAAAAGGUGUGGGUGAACCAGCAUUAACGUUAUCAACCACUGUUUUCUUUGCUAUUAAGAAAGCAAUUGAAUCUUAUCGACAUGAUAAUGGUUUAACUAAAUAUUUUGCAUUGAAUAGUCCAGCAACAUGUGAAAAGAUCCGUAUGGCAUGCGCAGAUAACUUUACAAAAGACGUAGUCGGUGAAGAAACAUAUGAAAAUUUUCAACCGAACGGAAGUUAUUAA